UUCAUGGAAAAGGUUUGGCGUCGAGUCGGCCUCCAUUCCUCCCGCAAGAAACGGGAUGGAAGUGGGACUAGCCGAGAAGUGACCACGUCUGCUCCGCCAGAGGCUGAGUACCAAAAUAUCCAUACGUUAAGAACAGCUGACUUGAUAAGACAGAGACAAGGGGAGGAGAACUCGACGCUUCGUUCCUCGUAUAUUAUACGCAACGGGGAUAACUUUAUCUUGGUCGAGAGGAGGCGACGCCGACGUCGGAGGAGUGGUACCAGGGCAUCAUCAGGUGGAAGGCACCAUACUCCACCUGUGGAGGACAACGCUCGGACAGAGCAGAAACGUCGACCCCCAGCUAAGUUAAAGAUAUUUGGGAUUCAAUGGCCGUUACAUUCCAGUGAUUCUAGACACACCUCAAUCACCCGGCGCUUCUGCCGCGGUCGCCGUUCCCGAGAGGACAACGAGUUGUAUCGCUCGAACAGCUUCAAGUUCGAGAGAUUCGCCCGGGAACCGCCUACUGACGAGUUCAGCACCGGAUCACAGGCUGCCCUUUGUGCAGACUACAGCGUUCCAGUCGACUGCGUGGCAGCUGGACCGGCACCCAGGCCUAGUUCAUUUCACGAGAUAUCCGCACCAAAAGUUGAGUUCAUAGAGGCAUAUUGCACACCUCGUGACACAGCCCGCCGCUCCCCACAGCGCAACCGCCGCUCGCGGGAGCCCAGACGUUCACCUGAGUCAUCCAGAUGGCGAUACGAGUCAAGACGUCAGAACUACGACUUUGAGUCGAGACGUCCGUACGAAUACGAGUCGAAAAGGUACUUUGGGCGAGAGUACGACGCUGACUCGGGAAGAAAACCCGCAUUUGACGCGGAGUCGGCACGCCGACGUGCGGAUUACGAAUCAGCGAGGCGGACUGACUUCGAUUUAUCCGUCCCUGAAGUAUCCAGACGUAGCCCCGAGAGUGCUCCUGAAGGCUCGGCUGAAUCACCGCCUGAGCCCGCUCCUUCUGCACCUCUUCCGCAAGAGAGACAAUCCAGGCACAGAUCACAACCUUAUUACGAAUCAGAAACAUCAUCAGAAGACAGAUCAUCGUCAACUGAGGGUGAGGAAGACGAGUUUGGGGAAUUCGAUCCCUUUGCAACUGCGCCAUCCUUACAUUCACCAGAUAGUGGUCGCUCCGAUCCACGAUACGCUAACGCUCCUCGAAGGAAUCCAAGUCCAUAUUAUUACGGCGACUUGUUUAAAACUGCUCCACCUCCACCAGCCCCAUCGGCUCCGACAGUUUCCUCGACUUCUUCUUCCCGCGGACCUCGGUAUAGAAAAUCGGCAAGCCUUGACGCACCUCACGUGGCACCAAGACCGAAUCUGCCUAAAAGAUUUUCAGUGGCGGAAGAUGGCUUUCGUGAGUUAGAGCGAUCAUCAUCAUCGUCGGGUGAGAGCGCGUGGAUGCCGCCAAGGCGCCGAGGGCGCGACGCGGCCGGCUGCGCAUGCGCCGCGCCCGAAGAUGUAGAGGAGCAUAGAUCUUCUCGUAGCGUCUUUUACGUGCCAGCGCCGCUGCCACGCUGGCCACAAGAAAUGACUACGCGACAGAUAUACGAAACGGCCUUUGACUGUAAAAUUGUCCGUUCCGAUGAUGACUUAGAUGAUUUUGAUCGGGUUAGUAAUCAUCCAGCUUUAUUACAAGCUGAAGAACGCAAGACUUUCUCUUCCGCAUCGUCCGCCUUUGAGGCCGUCGAACGUAGCGAACCAGAUUAUAAAGGGCGCCGUAAGGUGACUAUGAAAACUGAUAGCGUACGGCGCUCUAAGAUUCCUACCAUACGCCAAAAGAAAGAAAAUGAAACUAAUCCAUCAGCGUUAUCUGAGGAGUUAGAGAAAGUGCAUAUUGAAGAAGAAGAUAGAACAUCUACGUCUCAGUUGCCAUUACGUGGCUACACUCCUUCUCCACCAUCAACAGCGCCUUUGCCAACAAAAUUUCAACAAAAAGAUGGAUCGGCAAUGAAUAGUAUUAAAAGUGCUCCAAAUUUACCUCAGACACAGCCGGCACAUCCCCGACUGAAAGAUUUGCGACUUCCAGUUAAAUCGCUUCGGGCCCGCGACACGCCAACUAGCAGCGAUGCAAGCAUGACAGAUGUGAAAGCUUCGGUUUCAACUGAACUUGACGUCGGACAACGUUUAAGAGAUUCUAGCCACGAAUCUCGUGAUGGUGAUGAUGAAAGAGCACAAUCUAAGGACGGUAUUUUUUUAGAGAUUAAGGGUCGACCCACUUCCGAUUCUGAUACACCUGAAAUGAAUCGGUAUAAGGGGCCCAAGGGGGUCGGCCCUAUAAUGGAGUUUAAAGGCAGGCCCGGCGUCGCUCGCCCGCGACGUAAAUAUUCGAGUACUGAGAGUAUGGCGACCAGUAGUAGUGGUGGCAGUAUGGAAUCACUACGAAGCAGUAACAGUGAAGGAGAUAGAAGUAGCAGUAGUUCAGAAAGUCGUCAUUCGUCAUCGUUAAGUUCUCAUAGCUCGGAUUCCGGAAAUGUGCCAUUUAUUAAAUCACAUCAUCAUAUGCAGUUGUCGGGGUUUGGACAUCAUACGACUAAACUACAUAUUUUAAGCCCUAUAUCAGAUAAAUCUUCCCAAGAGCCAGCUUCGGAAACAUCUGAUAACAACAAAAAUAAUAAUUCUCAGAAAGUAUCUCCAGAAGAUGUGGAAACUGGAAAUACCACGAUCCAAACUACGGUUGAAAUUUUGCCUAAACCUAAAAGACGCGCUUUACAAAAUAGAAAUUUACUAAAUCUGACAUUUAGACAUUCAACGCCAGGUGACACUGAAAUUCAAGGAUCAGAUAGUGGUAUAUCAAUUCAUUCUAGAGAGGGAGUGGAUUCGCGAAAUGCGUUUAUUAAUUUUAAAAACAGUAAUGCAGAAGAAGAACGUAAAGAUGAUGCUGUUGAUCUAUCUGAUCUUCCAUUUGACAUGCCAAAGUUGCGUAGGAGGCGGGCCGAGGCAGAAGUAGAUCUAAGAUCUUUGCCUUUUGAUAUGCCUAAAUUACGACGCAAAUUACGUGGACAAUCCUUGCAACUUAAUAAAGAUUUUGGAGAGGCUAUUUCUAAUGCUUCCUCGAGCCAAAGCGUGCAAGAUUUAAAUCAAGGUACAAAACAUCGUGAAAAAUUGACUUUGAAUUUUGAUGGUGGCAACAUUGGUUCCGGUGCUGCCAAGGGACUUCAUUUGAACUUAGGGCCUAUCGCGCCGCCACGGGACUUGGUUGAUGCUUCCCUUCCACUUGACCGACAAGGGUGGUAUCAUGGAACGUUAACGCGCUUGGAAGCUGAGGGUUUACUUAGAGAUGCGGAAGAGGGUGCAUUUCUAGUGAGAAACAGCGAAUCCGCGAAGCACGACUACUCGCUUAGCUUGAAAUCUACCCGUGGCUUUAUGCACAUGCGAGUAUGCCGUGGAGUCGACGGCUACACACUAGGAGGAGCAGCAACCGCUUUUCCUACAGUACCCGCUCUCAUGAAACAUUACGUCACCGCACAGAGGCUCCCAGUACGCGGCGCGGAACACAUGGCUCUCUCAACACCACUGCCAGCUGUGAUGCUUUGAAUACUUCGGGCACCAUGAUUUGGAACAAAUCUAAGAGCCGAUCGUGUUCUUUUAGCUUCGAAGCUUUGUGCGCUUCGUGGCAUUCGGGCCGGUGUAUCGAGAUAUACAUUCAUAGUACUAAUGGUUGUUAGUACAGUGCAAUAAGAUCAAUUUUUGUAUAUCGAGAAAUGUAUAUAAGUUAAGACACAAUCAACUAUAAGUUUUGUGUCAAGUAAUUUCUUUGAUACUUAAGCGUAAAUAUAGCAGCAGUUAUUUAUCGUAUGUGUAUAGAUUUAGUAACCAGUGAAUAAUACCAAAGAGCUAUAGAAUAAACGUAUACGUAGCAAUUAUUUGCUACGGGGCUUGCAAAAAUUGUAUGCUCAGAAGAUUGCGUCAUGCAACGCGUAGGGCGGGCUCCUUAAUUUAUUAGGAUAGUCAGGAGAAUGACUGGAGUAUAUGUUAAGCAUAAUGAGGUGAAAACACUCCGCAAGAAAGGAAGAAAGUUAAACCAAGAUAUCAUAAAAAAAAAUGAGCAUUACUUUGAAUGUAGAUCUUUCCCGAGACUUCUUUAAAAUGUAGUUUUGGGGUCUGCCCUAUUAUUUAUGCUAGUCCCAAACCGCAGCCACCUUUAUUGAUGUAUAGUAAAUAAUGUAUGUGAUUAAUGAUCAUUAUUCAAUUAAAGCAUCAUAUUAUUAUUCAAAAUAAUCAUGAUUUUUCUAUCACAGUAGUUAUGUUUACUCAUUCAUUUAAUCAUGGACUAAUUAAUUCAGUAAAUAAUAUACUUAAUAUAGUGAUAGUGACGCAAAUGACGAUAUGAUACAUACAUAAUAAAUAUGAAAGGUCAAAAGGGCCAAUUAGAUAAAGUAAGGCAGCAUUUGAGUGCGUUUCCACAGAAGUGAGGACGAGUGGACCGGAGUGGAGACUUGUAAUAGACCAAUCAGAUUAAUGAUUGAUAACGUGUUCAUUUUAUUAUGUCAUCAGCACGAUACGGUCCGCCAAACGCACCCAUAUCGAUUAGAACGCGUUUACAUGUAAGUUAGGUUUAUUUAUUUUAGCAGCUGUAUUUCUAAUGGCCUAAAGACAACGCUUUGGUUAUUUACAGUUUUUAUUUUAAAACCGUUCUUUCUACAUGUGUAAUGCCAGUAUAUUAGGUUAUUUAAAUAAUAUGUCUUGUCUGGAUAUGAUUUUAAUUUAAUGCAUCUCGCCGUUAUCCAGAUAAAUGGGUCACAAUGGUAGGUAAUGAGAUGGACAGGUAUUCGCCAUAAUUUUCUUUUGUAUAAAACCCGAAAAUAAAUUCUCAGAGGACGUAACUCCGCAAUGAACUUCGAUAACAAAUUUAAUGUUACUUUACGAACGAGGUCGAAUGUACUAAAAAUGUUCGUUACGUUAAAUAUAACAAUUUUGUGAGUGAACACCGAUAUCGCACGAAUGGCUGUUAAUACAUAGACCUUAUUUGUGUAGCGUGAGAGUUUAUUUUCCUUUACAUCACCAUUAUGACUCAUCGACUAAUUCAGUCACGAAAAUUGUAUCGAUUUAAAUAGGUACCAAACUGGUGACAUGAAUUGUGGCACUCCCAUAUAAAUGGUCUCUCUAUUUAGGUAUUUUCUACAUAUAGCUACAAUAGAAUUAAGAAUGUACUUCAUUUCGCACCAUAGAUAAACGUUAGAUUUUUAAAUCUUGAGCUUAGAGUAAGUACAGAGUACAACCACAUUGUCUAUGAAAUAGUUGAAAGUUGUUCUUCAAACUGUAAUAAAAAUUAAAAGUCGUUUUUGGUGUAAAACGUUAACGAUUUCAAUUUACUUAAUAAAUAGAAGGUACAAAACUUAUUUCGGCGCCCUUAUGAUGCUCCAAUCGUAGCACACUUAAUAUUGUAAUUUAUGACUUCAAAGUUGACGCUACAAAAUGCAUUUCUCUAACCAUUAUUGGCAUAGAAGAUGCGGGUUAUUGCCAUAUUAUUGUAUGAUAGUAGUUUUGUGUCAGUUUUGAUACGUAUUUAUAUAAUUAACUAUGUAUUUUUUUUGUUGGUUAUGAUAUUUCAUCUCAUACAUAACCAUAAGGCAACACUUGCUUGGUAACAGCAACUAUCACGUGAAAAUGCAGUCUUGGCCUGCACUUUAAGUUUUAUAUCAAAAACGAUUUUACAAUUUGUCAUAAGUAAGGGACUUAGAAAAUAUUUAUUAGUUACUUAGGAAACCAUUUUUUGAUACGGCUUUCAUACUGUAUUUAUAUUAUGUAAAAGCGUAGAGAACACUUCAACUUUAUUGUAGGUACCGAUGUUAUAAUAUGUCACGGCAAAUAAUUAAGAUCAUAGAAAAAGAAUGCACAUGUUAUGUAACAUUCACAUUGACUUAUUUAUAUUUUUUGUUAUAUUAGAAUUAAGUAGAAUUAAAAAGUGUUUAUGGACCCCUGGUAUUUAUAAUUAAUCCAUAGAUAAGUUUUAUCCAACACUGUCACUUAAUUUUUAACCUCUACAUUUUUCAGACAAUAUCAUUUAUGACACGCCGAAGUAACUUGUGUUCACAUUAAUCACUAUUAAGUUUGACAGUAAGGUUCCACAAAUAUGAUUAUUGAAAGAUCGUGGGACACGUAUUCUGACACUUAUCACUGUAAUGUUUGUAAAUGCGGGUUUAGGUAAAUCUUCUUAAGAUGUACAACUAACAUUCAUUAAAAGGCCGCAAAAAAUUCAAGAUAUUGCCAGUUAAGUAUAUAAGUAAGAAAUGUUGAAUACAUUUCGUUCAUAUUAAAUAGAACGAGCAACGCAAUAGUUUUAAACAAACUAAAAUAUGUUUGCGUAAAUUAUUUUAGUUUAUUGCGUCUGAUAGUGCAUCUUAUUUCAUUCAUGUAAAUUUUAGGCAAUAAUAAUUGCAUUUAAGGUAUUAAAAUAAAGUGGCAGGUGGAUGGUUGUCAGCUAUUUAUGUUUAUAGUUUUUUCUGUGAUUUAGUUUGAUAUGAAAUAAAAACGCCAAAAAUUAUAGUAUGUAAUUGUGAAAUCUUAUGCGGAAUAACGCUUUAUUGAUAAAAAUUGUAUAUCCAGAUGACACUUGAAUGUUGAAAAUGGUGCUAAUUUGGCUCUACUCAAAUCUCUAAAUCGUUAUAAAACUAGUUUAAUGUCUUGCUACAAGGAAUAUUGUAAACAAGAUUGACUAAGAUUACUUAUUGGCCUUCUCUGGGCUCCUACUUGACACCACCAGUAGUAGAUAUAGCAAAAUGUGACAGUAAAUACUACCCCCAAAGUCGGCGCACUUGAGCCAAUAUUUGACGUAUUUAUGUUUCCUAAGCUAUAUUCGUAACAGGAGCUGAAUAAAUAGUUAAAAACAACUAACUCUACCAUUAGUAUUGCGACAAACCAGAUUAAUGGUAAAUUAAAAACAAUCUUGCUAAUAGUUGAUAAAAAUGAAACAAGUUGACGCAUUGAAAGAGCGUUGUACUAUCUUGUCAACGCACUGUGGAAACCAAUUAUUAACUUAAGAAGAUAUCGUUACUCUAAUAACUAUUUAGCGAUUUGUUUAACAUCAAAUUAGCACCAUAUAACGUGAUCUCAUAUUUCUUCCCCUGGAUGCUUCAGUUACCUUAGACUUAAUUUCGAUUAAUUUGUACCUGAUUUUGAAAACUAACGAUGUUUGAGACUUAAAAUUAUGUUUAAUGACAGAUUUAUUUUGUUACUAUUUAGACACAUUAGGGAUAAUGAACGUAGUUGUGUAUGGAACGAGCGAAUUUCAUUGUAUGUGAGACUUUUACUUGUACGUACUAAACCACCGCGAGCAGCUUCAGCAAGCGUGCAACUAAUUUUUAAUACAUAAUUUAAUAUAAUGUUUUACCACUAAGUAUGAGUAGUAUGUAUACGAACAAGAUUAGGACUCAGAUUGUAAUAUUUUGUAAUAUUAACACCCGAAAUUAAACGACAAAGACUUGAAGUUAAUAUUCAAUCUAAUCAAAAAUCUUUUGAUCAAAUAGUUGAUUAAGUUGGUAAAGCCAUCCUUAUCAGGAUAAAGUAAUAAAAAACCAAAUUUCCUUUGCUCUGAAGAUUUUCUAUUAUAUUGAUUAUAAACAUCGGGCAUUAGCAAUACAAAAUCUCCGGAUCAAAGUUUGAACAUUUAAUUCUCACUUAAAGAAUUUUGCGGCGGCAAAAAAUACUUUGAUAAGACGUUACAAUCGAAGAAAGUGGAUAGUUUUCAUUUGUCUUUAACUUGUUCGUGUAUGAACUACCUAUGUAUUUAAAGUAGUAAGUGCAUAAUGGAAGGUAGGAUAAUAAAUUCCUGUUGGAAGUUUUUGAAGUGUCAAAAUUUUUUCAAGAAACGACGUAGGUUGAAGUCGUAAGUUAGGUAAAAUUAUAGCUUAUCGUAGUUAUAAUCAAUUAUAAUUUUUGAAGGUGUAGUUUGAAAUGGAUGACGAAAUAAAAAAAAAACUUAA